AUACAUACACAUUAAUCACACUCAACUUCUCUCUCUCACUCUUCUUUCUCUCUCUAUCGAUUCAGAUUCUCACAAUGCUACCGUCGUUUCUCAGCCCAACCUACCUGUACGGCAACUACCUCCGCCGCCGCUUCACCUCGGCGGGGCUCACUUCCCAGGUUGCCAAUGUCGACGACGACGGCAACACCACGAUCCGAUUCUGGGGACCCGACCCGACCAAACCGGCCACCGGAAAGCCGUCGCUGGUUCUGAUCCACGGCUUCGGCCCGGUGUCGACGUGGCAGUGGCAGAACCAGGUCCAACACUUCGCCCCCAAAUUCGACCUCUACGUCCCCGACCUGGUCUUCUUCGGCGAGUCGACGACUCGACUGGCCGACCGAUCGGAGCAAUUUCAGGCGGACUCGGUCGCCGGACUGAUGGAGAGGAUCGGAGUGAAGAGGUACAGUCUUUUGGGGACUAGCUACGGCGGAAUCGUGGCGUAUAAUAUAGCGAAGAGGUGGCCGGAGAGAGUGGAUAGGGUGGUGAUUGCGAGCUCCGGUGUGAAUAUGAGGCGGAGAGACGGUUCCGGAUUGUUGGAGAGGGCUAAGGUGGAGAAGACGGAGGAGCUUAUGCUUCCGGCCACCGCCAAACAGAUGAGGACUCUGCUCAGCCUCGCCGUGUAUAAGCGGCCCAAAAUGUUGCCGGACUUGUUCUUGAAUGACCUACUUCAAAAAUUGUACUCAGAUAAAAGGAUGGAGAAGAUGGAACUUCUAAAAGGGUUAACUAUUGGAAAAGAUGACGAAGCUAAAAUCUCUCCUCUAGAAAUGGAAGUGCUGUUAGUAUGGGGAGAUCAUGAUCAGAUAUUUCCAAUUGAGAUGGCUGUUGAACUCAAACAGCUUCUGGGAAAGAAAGUGCAACUAGAGGUGAUAAAGAAGACAUCUCAUGUACCUCAGUCUGAAAACCCUGCUGUGUUCAAUCGAAUAGUCAACAAUUUCUUGUGCCAGUCAACAUAAUUAAAACUAUUUAUACAAAUAUAUAUUUUUUGUUUUUUUUUUUUUAAUUUUGUGGUGAUCAAACUUGUAUUUAUUGGUGUUGGAUUCAAGUGAGCAUUAUAGUGGUGAUGAUGUCUUUGGCAUGCGUAUUGAAUAAUUGCUUAGUUAAUUAUUUCUAUGCUUCAAUAAGUUCA